GCUGGAAAAAUGGCAGCUGAUACUGCUAAAUACAGGAGUGCAGUGAGCAAAAACAAAGACCCCUCUGGUCUUCUCAUCUCCGUCAUAAGGACUCUGUCCAGCAGUGAUGAUGUGGAGGACAGAGAGACGGAGAAGGGUCGGCUGGAAGAAGCCUUUGAGACAUGCGACAGGGAUUUAGAUAAACUGAUUGUUCAGCAUUAUGCAGAACUUACAACCGCCAUCCGGACCUACCAGAGCAUCACAGAACGCAUUACCAGUUCUCGCAACAAGAUCAAACAGGUGAAGGAGAACCUCCUGUCUUGUAAGAUGCUGCUUCACUGUAAAAGGGAUGAGUUGAGGAAGCUGUGGAUAGAAGGCAUCGAACACAAGCAUGUGCUUCAGCUGCUGGAUGAAAUCGAAAGCAUUAAGCAGGUUCCUCAGCGCCUGGAGACCUAUAUGGCAAGCAAGCACUACCUUCAUGCCACGGACAUGUUGGUGACGGCUGUGGAGUCCCUGGAAGGCCCGUUGCUCCAGGUGGAAGGCCUCGGAGAUCUGCGGCUGAGCUGCACCAGCAAGAAGCUCAACAUGCACCUGGUGCUCAUCGACGAGCUGCACAGACACCUCUACAUCAAGUCACAGUCGCCUCGGACACAAAAACAAGGGACAAAAAUGCUGCUCGCAUUCUAG